CUCGUUAGAGCUGACCCGUUGGUGUAUCGAACCUGUUAUAAUAGUAAGCUCCAAUCCAGUGUAGAUCGCCUGAAGCAUAACCCCUUCCGGUGGCGGUAUAAGAGUGUCAACAAAUUAACACAAUCUCUAUAAUAUCGCAACAUGCCUCACUUCGCUAUGCGACAGGUCCCGGACAAUCUAUUCUUUGAAUCCAUUCUGAGAGUGUCCUGUACAUUUUUGCCCGAAAUUGAAAUCGACGAGGCUCUCGAGCAUUAUGAGAAGCAAAUGAACCGGGUGAAAGCCGCUGGCUUAUCUUUCGAAGACUGUGUCGUUCACACAUACCUCAUACCUAAGAGACCACUGACUGAGAUGUUACGCUCUUGGAAAGCUGCACACGAAGCCUUAUUCGCUGCAGAAAAAGCUCUUUACAAUAGUGUGACUGCAGUCAGCCCCCAAAGCGUGUACGUCCCUACGGUCAUGCGUAUGCUGCAUGUGUCAGUUAAGGCGGCUGUGGUUGUAGCUCGCGGUGCGGAUUUCCCCAAGAGCGUGUUUUGGCAACGUUUAGGCCUGCUGCCGCGUAGCGGAAAAUACACAUGUGGACCCAGCAUCCAAAAAUACAUAUGGGCUUUAGUCCGUGUGAUAAGAUGGGAAUUAGAUGCUCUUGAAAGCAGGAUCGACAACAUCGACUACAACAACACAGACAUUGUCGAAACCUUAGGCCCCGACGUCCUGUCGAAUGACCUGGGUACGGCAUUCUGGGGUCCAGCAAUCGAGGACCGAGACGACCACGAGGGAUGCCUUAUCUGCGGGGAUCCCUAUACCGGAAAGCAUCUUGGCAUGAAACUUAAGUGCGGACACGUUAUGGGAACAAAAUGCAUGCUCACUUGGGCAAACUCCACGAACAAAAAUGCGAAUACCUGCCCGAAGUGUAGGACAUGGCUAUUACCCCCUCGCGCACGUCGACCCGUUAAAGACUGGAUAGAUGAGUGGAUCGAGCGCAAAGAAAUAGCUUUGACGCAGCUGGACCAAGUCUGUGCUUUUUACAAAGCAGUAGCUGGAGAAAAACACUACAAGGUAUCUGAGCUGCCGGAGUUGGUGGAGGAAGUAAGGCCGCUCCGGAGGUAG